AUGAGAGGCAUUACUUGUCAGGAGUUCAAUUAUGAUGGAUGGCUUUGUUUUGAACAAAUCAAGCGUAUUUUUCCACUGGUGGAAAAGUUUUCCAUAGCAUUAUUUGGCAAUGCAUCCACAAAUAACCAUGACAAGUGGUAUGACACUUUGAGUCUUGGAGACUUUAAAUCACUCAAAUCUGUUACCAUAAAGAAAAUCAAUUUUUCUGGACAAUUUGGAAAUGGAAUCAAAUUACCUGCUGCGGUGAGACAAGUUCGUUUGGGUCGUGAUAUCGCGUGGGGCCAAAAUGCCGCUAUACACUAUGAUGAAGGCUCUCAACUCGAGCAUGUUGAGGUUGUCGGUACUGCAACAAUGGCACAAGUGGGGAUCAGCCGCAUUUUGCCGCCAUCAUUAUAUUUUCCGCAAAGGAUCCUGAAUUUUCAGCCUCAUUUGUUGAGACAACACGGGACUGGGUUGUUGUUGUUCUUUUUAUGUGAAUAG